CUUCGCUCUACCUCAUCCGGGCAAGAGAGCGACACCAGCCGCACACGCCGGACGGCCGCGUGAAAGCGCUAGCUAGCGGCUUGAAAAUGACAGGACGUAGCACGAGAUUUCAGCUCUGGAGGUUCCUGAAAGUCGCCUUGUUGAGCGCGUUACUACUGGUGUGUGUUUUGCUAGUCGUGGCCACGAUUAGGACUCUGACCCUGGACGUGAACGAGGGGCUCGGGCUCGCUCGCUGGGAAGAGAAGGAGAUUGUCCCCUUCGGCAUCAGCCCGCUGCAGCGACAGCAGCUACUGGAUAAUUUUAAGGCGGCGAUUCGCAUCCCGACGGUGUCCUUCUCGGACACAGAGCUCAACUACACAGCCCUGCGGGAGUUCCGGGACUUUCUGCCCACAGUCUUCCCCACUGUGUUCGCCUCCAGCCUAGUGAAGUAUGAGCUCGUUGCCAACUACAGCCACCUGUUCACCGUGCCGGGCUCGGACCCGGGCCUGCAGCCCUACAUGCUGAUCGCCCACCUCGACGUGGUGCCCGCCUCCGAGGGCGACGGCUGGGAAGCUCCGCCCUUCUCUGCCCAGGAGAUGGGCGGCUUCAUCUACGGCCGUGGCACCAUUGACGACAAGCACUCGCUCAUGGCAAUCCUGCAGGCUCUGGAGUACCUGCUGCAGAAAGGGUACAGACCUCGGCGCACAUUGUACAUUGGCUUGGGUCACGACGAGGAGGUAAACGGCCUGCAGGGGGCAAUGAGCAUCGUGAGGAAACUUCAGUCUCGCGGUGUGAAGUUGUCCUUUGUACUGGAUGAGGGUCUGUCUGUGAUUGACGGCGUCAUUGACGGACUAACUGAACCGGUUGCUCUUAUAGGUAUCGGUGAGAAGGGCCAGGCCACGGUCAAGCUGAGUGUGACCACGAGCCCUGGGCACUCCUCCAUGCCUCUGCGAGAGAGCAGCAUCGGCAUCCUGGCAGCAGCUGUGACCAGGCUGGAACAGAACCCCAUUCCCAGCAUGUUUGGGUUAGGCCCAGAGCUUGCGACCUUUGAGCACCUGGCCCAUAAGUUCACACUCCCUCUGAAAUUCUUCAUGACCAACCUUUGGCUGUUUUCUCCCCUGAUUGGCAGGGUUAUGGAAGGAAAACCAGAUUCCAAUGCCUUUGUCCGAACUACAACUGCAGUCACCAUGUUUAACUCUGGCAUUAAGAUCAAUGUCAUCCCUCCGUAUGCCGAAGCGUUUGUCAAUCUGCGGAUCCACUCUGCGCAGACGCUGCAGGAGGUCCUGGAGAUAAUCAGGGACAUUAUUGGGGAUGAACGGGUGAAGCUGGAGCUGGUCAAUGGUUUUGAUCCCCCUCGCGUCAGCUCCUACGACGAGAAGUCCUUUGGGUUCCAGAUCAUCAAGAAGACAGUCCUGGACUCCUUCCCCCAGGUGACAGUGGCUCCAGGUAUCUGCGUUGGAAACACGGAUAGUCGCCACUAUGUUGACUUGGCCAAGGACACCUACAGGUUUACUCCAACCUGGUUUAAGAAAGGUGACUUACGCAGGUUUCAUGGUGUAAACGAGAGGAUUUCGGCUAAAAACUACGAAGACCUGGUGGAGUUUUAUUUUCGGCUGAUUCAGAACUGCGACAUCCGCAAACUGCCCGAGCCUCAUGGCAGCCUUCACGAUCUGUAGAGAACUGUGGGCGUCACGGGCCGCUACCAGCAGGAGCGCCAUGUCUGCCCUUCACCAGACGCUGGGUGUUAAUGUGCUGGCAGAGGGCUAAUAUACUGAGGUUGUGCUGGGAUAACCUGGAGCGGGUGAUACUUAAACAUGGCCAAGAUGUGCCAGAUUGAGGAGGAUAUUUGAGGAGUGAUCUAGUAGAUAAACACUGGUCUGUGUGCACUUCAGUUAAUUUACCUUUAAUUGAUGUGUUCUGAUCACUUUCUUCGUCUUUUUAAUUGACUUAAUUGGUAUUUGACCCAUUUUUUAAUCCUAGGGUUUGUGAGGCACUGCUGUGCUGUAAGCAGAUAGUUGCACGGUGAGGGAGCCGUGUCAGACAAACAGCCCCUGGCUCAGUCUUAAUCUUAAUAUAAAUCAAAACAGUCUUGUUUCAUUCUUCGAGAGUGCAGGCAGGAGAUCUGCAUUUCACCAAAGCAUCAGGAUUCAUAUUGUGGAUUUCCUAGGCCAGCAUAGGUUUAGUUUCAAUAGUGGAUGAUUGCUAACAGUGAAGAAAGAUAUCUCAACAUGGAUAGCCCCCUCUCACAGUAACCCAGUUUUCUUACAUUUGUUCCACUUAACAUUAAAUCUCCACAUUCCAUUGCGGUGGAGGUGUAACUUUUUUUUUUUAUUUAGACCUGUCUAGACACACUGACCUGCACAGGAUUUCUCCUAAUCUCUGGAAAUAUUCUCGUUUUCUGGAAACGAGCCUCUUUCCUGUUGAUGUAAUUAGAAUAUUGUCUCCCAGUUACCGGAGACAUAAAAGCAAAACCUACUGUAUCUUUUGGAUACUGUUCAAGAUGUAACCUGAUCCCACCCCAGGUCAAAAUUCACUUUAAAGAUUUGUAUUAUUUAAUUGGAAUUGAUUUUCUGUCUCAUAUGUCUCUAUGUCAGUGCCCUGCUGUUAACAAAAUAUUGAAGUUACUUAAAUCACAAUUGAAAAUAAAAUGGCUUAAAUUCUUUCUA